CUCUCCUAUCCAUCGUCCAUUUCUUCAUCCAACAGUUCUUAUCAUUUUGUAGAUACUCCAUAUCUUUGUCUCGGUUCUUGUUUUUUAACAUUUAUAAACCUUAACCCGACACUCUCUCUCCUGUAAAUCUCGCUCGCUCUCUUUCCCGCUUUCUCCAUUUCUACACCUCAUUCCGUUUUUCUCUCUUCUUCGAUCUUUCACUGAUUCAUUUCUGCAAUUUAAUCCCCUUUGAUUGUUCCGUUUUAAUCUACUUUUCUGGUCUUACAAAGCGGUCGACGUUUCGUUUCAGUAACUCUUCUUGUUGUUGUAUUUGUUUAUUCGAUUGUGUUUUUGUCUUCAUUUUAUGUGAUUUUUCAACUUUGAUCCUGAAAUUCCUUAAAUUCAAUUCGUUUACGAGUUGAAUUAACUCUGUGCAACUGUAAAUUUAAACUUGUGAAGAGGUUGAAUUGUGUGAAAUGCCGUCCUCUGAAAAGAGACGAAGAACAACUAGAGUGUUUGGGGUGGUGAAAGGCGGAGACACCUCAAGCGUGUUAAGGUCCGGACGGCGGUUGUGGCCGGAUUGCGAUGACAGAGCCAGUAGAAUGUCAAUGGGAGAUGAUUGCGGAAAGAAACCGGAGAAGAAGAAAGUGAACAAUGACAUUGACGACAUCGAUAGAUUUUUCGGGACAGUGUAUAACAGAAAGAGAAAAAGAAUUGCUGACCAUGAAGGUCGUGAGAUUUCCGGGGUACAAUCGAUUAUGAUUGAUCCGUCUCUGAUUGUGGCUGUUGUGAAGCCUUGUUAUGAUGACAUUAGUUUGUUUUCGUUUUUCUUGUUCGCAGUGUUGAGAAGCAUUAUGAAGUUCGGACUCACAUUUGUUGAUCUAUGUGAUUUUGUUCUGUCAGAACCCAUUUCUUCUGUCUAUGCAUCAAGAGGAAUACAAUUCUCACAGGGUUCUGUUACUGCAACUGUUGGAAUUUGCCAGUUUUUUGGGGUCACUCAGUACUUGCCAUUGUUCUGUGUUGAUUUUUCUGCUAUUCCUCUCUGUUUCAAAUCUCUGCAUUCUACAUUGCUCUUAAGAUAUAUGUUCAGGUCAUGUUUUCUUGUAUACAAUCCUGUAAAUGUUUGUAGAGAUGUUGAGGAAGAAAUUGAUCUUCCAUCUAUCCUGAUGGAACUGCGGAGUCUGUGCAAUUCCUACAAGAAAGAAGCUUCUAAGAGUCGUAAUAUCAAUAUCGCACCUGAAGUUAUCGUAAUUAGUGACGAUGACGAUGAUGAUAAGGGUCUAUCUUCACAUGAAUCUGUCAAGUGUUCCAAGUUAGUCGGUCAAAAUGUACAAAGUGAAAAUGUGAACUCUAGCCUCGUUCAGACGAGGAGAACUUCACUUAGGAUAUGGGAAGCACAAAAUUCUUCCAUGAAGAAAAGAAGUAACAACAUAUUACCUUCUGAUUCAAAGGCUGGGCAGGAAAAAAGUAGCGCCGAUGUUGCCUCUGAUAAGAAGCUUAAAAGUUCGACCAACAGUUGCGCUGAUCUAAGCCUUUCAGAGGCAAAUUCUGCCAUGAAGGAUUCAAAAGAAGCAAUUGUUCCAUCUUAUUGUUGUACAAAUAUACUGAUUGUCGAAACCGACAAAUGUUACAGGGUAGAAAGAGCCGUUGUCAUUUCUGAAGAAACGUCUGAUUCAACAGAAUGGCACCUGGCAGUAAAGAAAGAUGGAUUGACUUGCUGCACUCUCAAGGCUGAACGGGUAAUGAGACCCUGCUCUACCAAUCGGUUCACACAUGUUAAAAUGGUCUCCCUGAUAAACGGGUGGAAGCUAGAGUUUGCUAAUCAUCAAGACUGGAUUGCAUUUAAGAGACUUUACAAGGACUGUUCGGAGCGUGAAAUUCCAAUUCCUGCUGCCAAAUUGAUUCCAGUACCAGGUGUCUGUGAAGUUCCUGACUAUGCAGACCGUUAUACUGCUCUCUUCAACCGACCGGAUUAUUAUAUAUCCGCAAAUGCCGAUGAGUUUGAACGAGCAAUUACAAGGGAAACUGGAAAUUAUGACAUGGAUUCAGAAGAUGAAGAAUGGCUGAACAAGUUAAACAUUGAGUUUCAAGAACAUGUUUCACAGGAUAAUUUUGAGUCAAUUGUUGAUGCCUUGGAGAAGACUUAUCAUUAUAAUGCAGAUGAUUGUUUUGACGAAAAAUCUGUGAUUUAUUGGUGUCAGAAUUAUGUUAGCAAGAAGGUUAUAGAAGCUGUACAUAAUUAUUGGAUAAGAAAACGGAAACAAAAACAUUCGGGGCUGCAUAGGAUUUUCACGAGUUAUCGAUCAAAGAUAUCUCCAUUUGUUUUCAAGGCGUUGCGGCAAAAGAAGAGAUCGUUUAGGAGACGCCCUAGUAACAACCAACUUCAUCGUGUUUUGCAAUCCUUUUCAAAUGAUCAAGAUGUUUUGGAUGAAUAUAAAGAAGCCUUUGCUAAGGUCGAAGCUGCUAAAGAGGCUGCAAAUAAAGCAAUGGAACUUGCAAUACAGAAACGCACAAGAGCGCAAUCUCUUGCGCAGAAUGCUGACCUAGCGAUGUACAAAGCCACAAUGUUGAUGAGAAUAGCCGAAGCAACUCAGGCCGGAGUAUCAGUAGAUGAAGUGGCGGAACAUUUUCUUAACUGACUGGUAGAAAACAUUCCUUAUACUAAUUAUAAUUAUAAUCAUAAGUAUCUAACCCAAUUUUCAUUACAGAAUGGCUUACAA